AUGGCGCCCCCCCGAAAUAGAGGCCCGAAGGGCCGCGGAAAGGGCCCUAUGAAGCGAAAGAGCAGGUUCACAACAUCGCGCGUCGACGAGAUAGAGUCGGAGAGCUCAUCUGGCGCGGAGGAUCAGGUUGAAGAACAGUUCGAAGACGAGAUUCCGGAGGACGCUGUUGACGAUGCGUCCGAGGGGAGCGACGACGACGACCAGCGGGCUCCUCAGUCGUAUAAUGAGCUGUUACAGAUUCUUCAAGCGAAUGCGGAUAAUAAGGGUCCGGCGCGCAAGAAGAGAAAGACUGGGCAUAACCGUGGAGGUGAAGAGACUCGGGACGACGUCGUAGAGACUGCCCAGAAGGAAUCGCUUGAGGAUGACUUGCAGGAGAAGGAGCCGGAGGAAGGGGACUUUGAAGAGGAGGGCGCAGAUGCGCAAGAGGACAGCGAUGAUGAGGAGAACGGUGAGUUUGAUCAUUCUUCUCUACAGGCAGUUUCUGACUUUACAGGCAAUGAUCCCUUCGAAUCGCAUUUCUCGAACCCGGACGAGGCGGAAUUGGGCCAGAAGAUCAAGGCCGUGACAGAUAAUAAAUGGAAAAAUACGAAAAAGGAAGUAUCUGGAGGAUUAAGGCUUCUACGUGCGGUCCCGGACACCGGAUCCGUGGAUGAGGUGUCUCUAUUACCAGCAAUGAAGAGCAUGUCAAGUGUCAAGGUCAAGCGGAAACUCAAGUCUUCCGUAGCGGAGCGCAUUCAAACUGUCACUGGGAAUGCUCAACAAGUUGCCCCAUACAUAUUCGACUACCAGGAUGUUCUAUACGGCGCCCGAACGACAUCAGAGACUGCCGACAUGCGCGAGCUGCUCGCUGUGCACGCCAUAAACCAUCUCCUCAAGACUCGUGACCGUGUGCUCAAGAAUAAUGCGCGCGCAGCAAAGGAGCAAGACGCCGAUCUGGAGUUGCGGGAUCAGGGCUUUACGAGACCGAAGGUGCUGUACCUAUUACCAACCAAGCAAGCCUGCGUUCGGGUGGUCGAGGCGAUUACCCGGUUCUUCCAGCCCGAGCAGCAAGAAAACAGGAAGCGAUUCAUUGACACAUUUUCGGCGGCGAAUGAUCCGAAUUGGGAGAGCAAGCCGGAGGACUUUCGCGAGUUGUUUGGAGGAAACGACGACGAUAUGUUCCGCCUGGGCCUCAAGUUUACACGCAAGACCCUCAAGUUCUUUACACAGUUCUACAGCUCCGACUUGAUACUUGCGAGCCCACUGGGUUUGCGAACGAUUAUGGAUCAAGCAGAUGCAAAAAAGCGGGAUCAUGAUUUCCUAUCAUCGAUUGAGGUGGUAAUCGUGGACCAUGCCGACGCGCUUCUCAUGCAAAACUGGGACCACGUUACGUAUAUCCUGAAGCAUCUCAACUUACAACCGAAGGAGGCACAUGGCUGUGACUUUAGCCGAGUUCGAAACUGGUACCUCGACAACAAUGCUCGAUACGUGCGGCAAACUAUUUUCACAUCCUCGUUCAUCACACCCGAAAUCAACUCGGUUUUCUCGACGCAGAUGCAGAACGUUUCGGGUAAGGUCAAACUGACUCCGUCUUACAACGGUGCAAUAUCAGAAUUGCCGCUGCCUGUCCCAGUCAAGCAGACCUUCUCUCGAUUUGACUGUCUCUCGGCCGCGAAAGACCCAGAUGCACGAUUCAAACACUUUACAACUACGAUAUUGUCCUCUCUCGUUCGCAACAUUACCUCCAGCCGCAGCAAGGCCAGUGCUGGAGGCACGCUCAUCUUCAUCCCCUCAUAUCUGGACUUUGUUCGUGUGCGCAAUUAUUUUGCCACAUCGCAGCAAACCACCAACAUCUCGUUUGGCGCCAUCUCCGAAUACACCGAGGCCCGGGAGCUCAAUCGUGCACGGUCACACUUCAUGAACGGCAGGCAGUCUAUUCUCUUGUACACGGAGCGUGUGCAUCAUUUCCGCCGCUUCCAGCUCCGCGGCGUCAAGCGGGUUAUCAUGUACGGUGUGCCUGAGAACCCAGUCUUUUGGGGAGAAGUCGUUGGAUUCUUGGGCUCUGACCCGGCAAAUGUCGUCGAGGCGGCUGAGGGCGGGGUACGCGCGUUGUUCUCCAAGUACGAUGCACUGAAGCUGGAGAGAAUUGUGGGGACUAAGAGGGUUGGGAAUAUGCUGCGGGAGAAGGGUGGUGAUACAUUUACCUUUAUGUAG